UCUGCUCACUGUGCCCCCAGCUCAGAAAGAGAGACACUUUCCACCCCAGAACCCAUCCCUACAAAACCCCAUUUUUCCAUAGUUUUCAAGAGAGAGAAAAGAGAAAAAGAAGCAUGUGCAAAAACUAAAUGUGUCUUCUUCAGGUGGCCCAGUUCACUGCUUUGUGAUUUUUCGAAAUGACAAUCCACAGAAGAGAAACAGUGAGCACGAAUCACUCGGUCUCUGCUGGUUUUUGCUUCAAUAAUGACUCGAUUUGUUCGUCGUCUCCUGUUUUUCUAACAUUAUAAUUGGUGGGUUUUACUUCUACUUCACCAUUUUUCAAUUUCUGCUCUCUGUUUCUGUUUCAUUUAUUGGGCUGUAACUUUCUCAGCUACCCAAGUUUGACGAGCUUCUUCUUCUUCUUCUACUACAAUCACAAACAUUGGGUUUUCAGUUUUCACCAUUCUGAUGUUUCUGAAACAGAGGCUGGUUGAAGAAGAAGUGGAGAAGAUCAUCGUCUGAAGAAUCUUUGAUGGGGAAAUAUGCUUUGGUAUUGCUUCUCUGCUUUGCUUGGACUUUUUUAUUUGCUGGAGGUUACCAAUUGCAAGCCUCUCAAGCCCAAGUGCUUCUCCAGCUGAGGAAGCACUUGGAGUACCCAAAGCAGCUGGAAUCAUGGACUGAUCACAGAGUAGACUUUUGCACGCUCUCUUUUGUUCCUCAAGUUAACGUAACAUGCCAGGAAAAUGUUGUCACUGAGCUUAGAAUUGAGGGUGAUGCUCAAGGAAAAGUUGACGAGUUCAUUGGUUUUGCAAUACCAAAUAGAACUUUAUCAGAGAGCUUCUCGCUUGAUUCUUUCAUCACCACUUUGACUAGACUUAACAACUUGAGAGUUCUUAGCCUUGUGUCUUUGGGCAUCUGGGGUCCACUUCCGGACAAAAUCCAUCGAUUAUAUUCACUUGAAUAUCUGGAUUUGAGCUCCAAUUAUAUUUUUGGUUCAAUCCCACCUAAGAUUUCUUCCAUGGUGAAGCUUCAAACUCUCAAACUAGAUGACAACUUCUUCAAUGGUACUAUGCCUAAUUGGUUUGAUUCAUUGUCUAGUUUGACAGAGUUAAGCUUGAAAAACAACAAGAUCAAGGAUUCAUUUCCAUCUUCAAUCCUGAGCAUCGGUGCCCUUACUGAGCUUGACAUGUCUGGCAAUGAGAUAUCUGGCGAAUUACCGGAUCUAAGUCGCUUACACGGUCUAAGUGUGCUGGACUUGAGCUGGAACAAAAUAGAUUCACCACUGCCUCCGCUACCGAAGGCAUUGACUGUGGUUCUACUCGGGAAAAACUCGUUUCAGGGCGAGAUUCCGCAGCAGUAUGGCCAACUUAGGCAGCUCCAACAGCUUGAUGUAUCAUACAAUGCCUUGACUGGCAUACCUCCUGCUACAAUCUUCUCCCUGCCCAACAUUAGCCACUUGAAUCUUUCUUCAAAUAAGUUAUCUGGGUCACUGCCAAUCCAUCUGAGGUGUGGCAACAUGCUUCAGUUUGUUGAUAUAUCUAACAAUAUGCUUACAGGAGGAUUGCCUUCAUGCUUGGGCAUUGAAUCCGAUAAACGAACUCUUAAGGUAGAUGGGAAUUGCUUAUCUGUUAAUGUAGGGAAACAGCAUGCGAAAUCAUAUUGUGAUACAGACCAUAUGCACCAGCACCAGGAGCAAUCUAGAGGCAAAAAUGCAGGAGUUGUAAUGGGUUUGCUUCUAGGUAUCUUGCUAUCAGUGCUUCUACUUUCUCUCGGGUUCGUUUUAUGUAGAAGAUGUUGGUCUAGAGGAAUAUCAGAGCAACAUCUACUGCAGAAAUCAGUUCAGGAUAGUUCAGCAGCAGGGUUCUCAUCUGAACUUCUAACAAGUGCAAGGUUUGUUUCUCAAGCUGCAAAGUUAGGAAUCCAAGGUCUUCCAUUGUGUCGAUCUUUUACAUUAGAGGAAAUAAAUGAAGCUACAAGCAAUUUUCAUGAAUCAACUAUCAUUGGUGAUGGUUCAUAUGGGAAGCUUUACAAAGGGAGACUGGAGAAUGGGACUCAAGUUGCCAUAAGGUCCUUGCUUGUAUCAAAGAAAUUUUCAAUCAGAAAUCUUAAACUUAGGUUGGAUAUGCUUGGAAAGCUUAGGCACCCAAAUUUGGUAUGCCUUUUGGGUCACUGCAUCGAUGGAGACGGGCAAGAAUUCAAUGACAUCAAUGUCUUCCUCGUGUCCGAAUACGUUCCAAAUGGGAGUUUCCGUAGACAUCUCACUGAGAAGGCUUUGAACUGGUCUGAAAGAUUAGCAAUUCUAAUCAGUGUUGCCAAGGCUGUACACUUCCUGCACACCGGAGUUAUUCCGGGUUUCUUCGACAACCGACUAAAUAUCAACAAUAUCUUGAUUGAUGAGCAUAAUGUGGCAAAGUUAAGUGACUAUGGAUUGUCCAUUAUCUCAGAAGAACCAGCCAAAUCUUUGGCAAAAGGAGAGGGCCCUCAAGCUUGGCAAAUGAUGAACUUGAAGGAUGAUGUAUAUAGCUUUGGGUUUAUACUACUAGAGGCACUUGUAGCGCCUUCUGUAUCUGCUAGAAAAGAUCCCUCUAUACUAAAGGAAAUGAUGAGUUUAAACAGCCAGGAGGGGCGGAGGCGAAUCAUCGAUCCAACCAUCCUAGCGACUUGCUCGCAAGAGUCCCUAUCGACGAUUUUUCCCCUAAUGAACAGGUGUAUUUCCCCCGAGAUGAGUCGCCCAUCGAUGGAGGAUGUUCUUUGGAACCUACAAUAUGCAAAUCAAGUCCAAGAUUCCAGGGAUGGUGAUCAAAGAUAUAGUUCUGCAUCACAACAAUGAGUCAAAUCUCUUCCCAAAGUUGCUUCAUGAAACCAGCCUUCCUACUGAAAGCACAUUGCUGAACAGCUUUGUCUCAACUCUUUUACAUACUAUUCAUCCUUAGGAAACUCAAAUAAUUUUCUUUUUCCUCAGAACUUCAAUAAGAAUGCAUGCAGAUUGAUGUUCUGGACGUGUCAUUUCUUGACAUUGAUGCGAAAGUGUAAAUCCCUUCAAAAGAUUUUACUGUUCAUCAUAGUCUUUUCUUGCAAGAUUCUUUCAGAAAACUGCCAAUCUUACAGGAGAGCGGCUAAGUAGGUGAAAUUAUACUCCAGUUCUGUGUUACAUUCAAUUUUAUAACCAAAUCUCAUGUUUAAUUUUAUA